CUGCUGGGUGAGAGAGUCUGGAGUCAAGAUAGAGGAGAUGGUGGAUGGAAACAGGGGCCAUCAGUUUGACUUUGACAGAAAUAUUUGUAAAAAACUACAAGAGAAGAAGAAGGAAGCAGAGAGAAGAGCAGAGGAGAGGAAGAUGAAGGUGCACAAGCAGAGACAGACUCUCAGAUCAUCAGCAGGUGGAGUUCCACAUCUUUCUGACGUGAAGAUUGUGCUGCUGGGAGGCAGACUGGAGGGGAAGAGUUCAUCAGGAAACACCAUCCUGGGCAGAGAGGAGUUUGGCAGCUCAGGAAGAACAGCUGAGUGUGUGAAGAGAGAAGGAGGAACAGCAGGGAGACGCAUCACUGUAGUGGAGGCACCAGGAUGGUGGAGCAACUGCACUGUAGAGCGAACUCCUGAACGUGAUAAAGGAGAGAUUGUCCUCAGUGUGUCUCUGUGUCCUCCAGGACCCCAUGCUCUACUCCUGAUCAUUAGAGUGGAUGAGUCAUUCACAGAGACAUUCAGAAGAGCAGUGCAGGAACACAUGGAGCUGCUGGGUGAGAGAGUCUGGAGUCACACUAUAGUGCUGUUCACAUGUGGGGACUGUCUGGGAGACACAAGCAUUGAGCAGCACAUUGAGAGUGGAGGAGAGGCUCUGCAGUGGGUUGUAGAGAAAUGUGGGAACAGGUAUCAUGUUGUAGACAAUAAGAAGAGGGAUGGUGGCCAGGUGACAGAGCUGCUGGACAAGAUAGAGGACAUGGUGGCAGGGAACAGGGGCCAUCAGUUUGACUUUGACAGAAAUAUUUGUAAAAAACUACAAGAGAAGAAGAAGGAAGCAGAGAGAAGAGCAGAGGAGAGGAAGAUGAAGGUGCACAAGCAGAGACAGACUCUCAGAUCAUCAGCAGGUGGAGUUCCACAUGUUUCUGACGUGAAGAUUGUGCUGCUGGGAGGCAGACUGGAGGGGAAGAGUUCAUCAGGAAACACCAUCCUGGACAGAGAAGAGUUUGGCAGCUCAGGAAGAACAGCUGAGUGUGUGAAGAGAGAAGGAGGAACAGCAGGGAGACGCAUCACUGUAGUGGAGGCACCAGGAUGGUGGAGCAACUACACUGUAGAGCAAACUCCUGAACGUGAUAAAGGAGAGAUUGUCCUCAGUGUGUCUCUGUGUCCUCCAGGACCCCAUGCUCUACUCCUGCUCAUUAGAGUGGAUUACUCAUUCACAGAGACACUCAGAAGAGAAGUGCAGGAACACAUGGAGCUGCUGGGUGAGAGAGUCUGGAGUCACACUAUAGUGCUGUUCACAUGUGGGGACUGGCUGGGAGACAUGAGCAUUGAGCAGCACAUUGAGAGUGGAGGAGAGGCUCUGCAGUGGGUUGUAGAGAAAUGUGGGAACAGGUAUCAUGUUGUAGACAAUGAGAAGAGGGAUGGUGGCCAGGUGACAGAGCUGCUGGACAAGAUAGAGGACAUGGUGGCAGGAAACAGGGGCCAUCAGUUUGACUUUGACAGAAAUAUUUGUAAAAAACUACAAGAGAAGAAGAAGGAAGCAGAGAGAAGAGCAGAGGAGAGGAAGAUGAAGGUGCACAAGCAGAGACAGACUCUCAGAUCAUCAGCAGGUGGAGUUCCACAUCUUUCUGACGUGAAGAUUGUGCUGCUGGGAAACAGAAAUGCUGGGAAGAGUUCAUCAGGAAACACCAUCCUGGACAGAGAAGAGUUUGGCAGCUCAGGAAGAACAGCUGAGUGUGUGAAGAGAGAAGGAGGAACAGCAGGGAGACGCAUCACUGUAGUGGAGGCACCAGGAUGGUGGAGCAACUACACUGUAGAGCAAACUCCUGAACGUGAUAAAGGAGAGAUUGUCCUCAGUGUGUCUCUGUGUCCUCCAGGACCCCAUGCUCUACUCCUGAUCAUUACAGUGGAUGAGUCAUUCACAGAGACAUUCAGAAGAGCAGUGCAGGAACACAUGGAGCUGCUGGGUGAGAGAGUCUGGAGUCACACUAUAGUGCUGUUCACAUGUGGGGACUGGCUGGGAGACACGAGCAUUGAGCAGCACAUUGAGAGUGGAGGAGAGGCUCUGCAGUGGGUUGUAGAGAAAUGUGGGAACAGGUAUCAUGUUGUAGACAAUGAGAAGAGUGAUGGUGGCCAGGUGACAGAGCUGCUGGACAAGAUAGAGGACAUGGUGGCAGGAAACAGGGGCUGCCCUUUCCAGUUGAAUCGGAGUAUGGAGCUUCCUCUCAAAUUUAGAGAUCACAUCCCUGAUGACGGCUCUGGAGGACCAUCUGGAUAUGGCUCUGCUGUAUUGAGACGUGUAUCUGAGCUCAUGAGGCCCUUUAAGCGCCUCAACAUGGCUGCCUCCACUCAGAGCUCUGGCUAUGGCACAGAGGAGGCUGCAGCUGGAGAGAUGGGAGCUGGAGAGAUGGGAGCUGGGAUCCACAGAACCAGAGCACAUGGAGGUGACCGCCUUACGAUUCAUUUUGUGGAUGUUUCUACAAUAACCGUAAACAACGAUAAUUGCAUUGGAAGAGGAUCAUAUGGAGCAGUUUACAAAGGCUCAUACCAGGGAACUCCUGCUGCUGUAAAGAUCAUCCCUAUUGGAGAUAGUUCAGUCAUCACAAAUGAGUUUCUCAUUCCUUUGCAUUUGUCUCACCCCCACAUUGUGCGGAUGAUGGCUGUAGCCAAAAGUGAGACCCAGAUCCUCAUUGCUAAUGAGUACAUCCAUGGUGCCAACCUCCAUCAGGUUCUUUAUAAAGGCACUUCCAUCAAGAUACAGUACGAGGACAAGCUGUUUGUAGCUUUAGAGAUUGCUAUGGCUGUUGAGUACAUACAUGGAAAACAGAUCAUCCACCAAGAUCUGAAGCCUGCAAACAUAAUGAUUUCAGAAGGUGACAGAAAGGCCUAUCUCACUGAUUGGGGCUUGGCGAACUGCAAAGACACCAUCUCAACGACAACAGGAACUGAUAAAACAGGGAGUUACUAUGGCCCUCUGGGAGGAACCCCUCCCUACAUGGCCCCAGAGUGCAUAGUAGAGUGUAAGAAAUGCAGCACCAUGUCAGACAUGUGGUCUCUUGGCAUCACUCUUCUGGAGAUGUUCACAAACUCUAGACCUUGGCCAAGCAAUAACCAGCAAAAAAUACGUCAGCUUCUUUAUAAAAAGCAGCGUCCUCAUGCUCUGGAUAAACUAGAGCCUACUCUUUAUGACAUUUUGAAACCACUGUUAAGAUUUAAACCCAAUUCUCGCAUGAAUGCCAAAGAUCUGGUGAAAUUGUUGAAAUCUAAAGUUGAUGUCAAGAAAAAACUUGGUUUCAAGUCAUAGGACCUGAACAAUGAAGAUAUUUUUGAUGCCAUUAUAGUAUGUUUUUGUGUUAUCAUUAAAUGGUAAAUGUUUAACAGAUUGUAAUGUUCAAAUAACGUGAAAUUACAAGAGUUUGUCAAAAUUACGAUCCUCCAGAUGUUGGUUAAGUGUACGCCACACUGUGAGAAAUGACACUCUUCGUAUGUGACUAAAUUCCAAAUGCUGUAACACAAAAGUUCAGUUACAAUAGUUACAGUAGUUAUUUGUAUUUUGUAUAACGUGAUGGCCUUAAUCCUGGCAGAGAGCAGCAUGUAAAUAAUAGCACAGUGAUCAUUACAAGAUAUCAUUGCAUUGUAGUGUUAGAUUAGAUUGGAGUGUUGUUUUUCUUUCAGCAAAUCUUAUAGCAUAUGAAUUAAAUCUGCACAAUGAAAUUCUGAUGGAUUUUAAUAAAUAACGAGCUAAAGAAAAUAUUUUCAGUUUUUUUCUGGCAGCUAAAACUUACAAUACAAUAUGUAAGAA